AUGAGAACCAUCACGGCGAGGAACCCGCACGACUCGCUCUCCUUCUCCAGGCGGCACUUCAAGUGGCCCGUUCUCGGCAAGAGCAAGAGCCACGGCGCCGCCACGUUCGGGGCCGACGAGUACAUGAACAGCUCGGAGGCGGAGGAGGAGGACGAGGCGACCAUGGCCUUCUCCUCCGCCUGCCCGUCCUUCCACUCCGAGGGCUUCGUCGUGUCCCCUCCGCUGAAGGCGCCGGGUGCGGCGCCAGCGCUGCACCAGCCGCAUCCGCCGCCGCCGGCAGCGGCGGGGCAGAGGAGGAGGAAGGUCCGGACGGCCGUGUCGCGCCUGCGUUCCGCGCUGGCCAACGCCGUGGCCGGGCGGCACCGGCAGGUGGGCCUGGGCGCGCGGCUCACCGGCACGCUGUACGGCCACCGGCGCGGCCACGUGCACCUGGCGUUCCAGGUGGACCCGCGCGCGUGCCCGGCACUGCUGCUGGAGCUGGCGGCGCCCACGGCGGCGCUGGUGCGGGAGAUGGCCUCGGGCCUGGUGCGCAUCGCGCUGGAGUGCGAGCGCGCCAAGGGCUCGUCCGCCGCGGCCGCGCUGCCCUCCCCCGGGGCGAGGGGGCCGGCCGGCGGAGGCAAGAAGCUGGUGGAGGAGACGGUGUGGCGCGCCUACUGCAACGGCAAGAGCUGCGGGUACGCGGUGCGGCGCGAGUGCGGCGCCGCGGACUGGCGCGUUCUCCGCGCGCUGGAGCCCGUGUCCAUGGGCGCCGGCGUCAUCCCCGCCGCCAGCUGCGGCGGCGGCGAGGGCGACGUCAUGUACAUGCGCGCGAGGUUCGAGCGCGUCGUGGGAUCCCGCGACUCGGAGGCCUUCUACAUGAUGAACCCGGACAACAGCAGCGGCGGCCAUGGCGGCCAUAGCGGGCCAGAGCUCAGCGUCUACCUCCUCAGAGUCUGA